UGGCCUGGCCUGGCUGAGGGGAGGCGGCGGGCGGGAGCGAUGGCGGAGGCCGGGCCACAGGCGCCGCCGCCCCCGGGCACCCCAAGCCGGCACGAGAAGAGCUUGGGACUUCUCACCACCAAGUUCGUGUCGCUUCUGCAGGAGGCCAAGGACGGCGUGCUUGACCUCAAGCUGGCAGCUGACACCCUUGCUGUGCGUCAGAAGCGGCGGAUUUACGACAUUACCAACGUGCUGGAAGGUAUCGGGCUGAUCGAGAAAAAAUCCAAGAAUAGCAUCCAGUGGAAGGGUGUGGGGCCUGGCUGCAAUACCCGGGAGAUUGCGGACAAGCUGAUUGAGCUCAAGGCUGAGAUCGAGUUGCUGCAGCAGCGGGAGCAAGAACUGGACAAGCACAAGGUGUGGGUGCAGCAGAGCAUCCGGAAUGUCACAGAGGACGUGCAGAACAGCUGCUUGGCCUACGUGACUCAUGAGGACAUCUGCAGAUGCUUUGCUGGAGAUACCCUUCUGGCCAUCCGGGCCCCGUCGGGCACCAGCCUCGAGGUGCCCAUCCCAGAGGGCCUCAAUGGACAGAAGAAGUACCAGAUUCACCUGAAGAGUGUGAGUGGCCCCAUCGAGGUGCUGCUGGUGAACAAGGAGGCGUGGAGCUCCCCGCCUGUGGCAGUUCCUGUGCCGCCACCGGAAGAUCUGCUCCAGAGCCCUCCUGCCGUCUCUACCCCUCCGCCUCUGCCCAAGCCUACCCUGGCCCAGCCCCAGGAUGCCUCACGCCCAAGCAGUCCCCAGCUGACCACCCCCGCCCCUGUCCCUGGCAUCACCGAAGCCCAGGGGGUGCCUGGUCCAGCAGCUGAGAUCACAGUGAGCGGUGGCCCUGGACCGGACAGCAAGGACGGUGGGGAGCUCGGCUCCCUGCCCCCAGGCCUGGCAGCCCUGGACACCCGGCCGCUGCAGUCCUCCGCCCUGCUGGACGGCAGUAGCGGCCCAUCCGGACCCAACCCUUCUACCUCCUUUGAGCCCAUCAAGGCAGACCCCACAGGAGUUCUGGAACUCCCCAGAGAGCUGUCAGAAAUCUUUGAUCCCACACGAGAAUGCAUGAGCUCAGAGCUGCUGGAGGAGCUGAUGUCCUCAGAAGUGUUUGCCCCCCUCCUCCGCCUUUCUCCACCCCCUGGAGACCACGAUUACAUCUACAACCUGGACGAGAGCGAAGGUGUCUGUGACCUCUUCGAUGUGCCUGUUCUCAACCUCUGACUGACAGGGACAUUCCCUGUGUGGCUGGGACACAGACUGUGUGACCUGGGGGCUGCCUGAGGACCUCCCCCACUCUACCCCUACACAGCUUGAGAGCCACAGACUCCUGGCUUCCCCAGCCUUCCCUCACUGCAGUUCUGACCACGACUCCCACUCCUGCACGAGCACCUGUACCGUGCUAGGAAAGCAGGGGAAAGGGGCUCAGCCCCCUUCACCAUAGAGCCAGAGUGUUGGCCUCUCCUUUUCUGGGGCUUUCCCCCACCUCAUGCCCUCUCAGAGCCCAGGCUCGGCUGCCACUCAGUGGCACAGAACUGAAGACCUGCCAUCAUCUGCGUAGGGCAGCUUGUCCAGCCCCACUGCCCUGUUGCAGCCAUUGCCUCCCACUCUGAGGAGGGAAGCCUAGGGUGGAGCCAGACGCUUGCCAGCACCACCCCUAGCCUCCUUCACUUCUCCCCACCCCUGACCCUAGAGCUCCCCCUGGGCCUCUCCCCUGUACCCCCCAUCUGCUGGGCCCUUAGCCCAGAGUACCUAUAGGUGGGGUGGGGUGUGGGGUGGGGGGCUGCUAACAGGAAGGAACAGAGAGGUCUUUAGCUAGAAAUCUGGACGGGUGAGCCCCUGAGGAUUGGCCCAAUCUCCUGCUGCCCUGUAGCCCCCCCCUUGUUUAUUCAUUUGCCCUCAUUUAGAGCCAUUUGCAGAGAUUUAGAAAGAUUUGCAGUAACGAACGGAUUCCUAUAUAAAGAUUAUUUUUAUACUUUUUGCAGCAAAAGGAAAUUGUAAUAUUUGUACAGUAUCCAAGUGAAUAAAGACCAUGCCUAAGGCUAUCUCUGAUCUGGUUCU